AUGACGGAGAGGUACGCCUGGGGAGUGACUGCUUUGGUGUAUAUGUACGACCAGCUGAACGAUACAUCUAUGAGCCACAACCGACAGCUUGGCAGUUACAUCACACUGUUGCAGAUUUACAUGCACUUUCCGUCAGUCGCGGACUCCACUGCUGAUCAGGAGUGCGACAAGGAUUCUCCGCCUGCGUGUAGGUGGAUUGCGACGAAGAAGACCGUGAAGAGCAUUCGUACGCCGGCGUACAGGGAGCGCCUGGACCGACUUCGGAUUCCAGAUGUCUGUUGGAUCCCGUAUGGGGAGCACCGAUCGGUCCAGGACUUCCAUGUCAGAUCAUGCUAUUCCGGUCUCUUGCGCUGGGGGCCUGUUGCUGUUUAUUACCAACCAGAGAGGGUCGUGCGACAGUUUGGAUACAUGCAUACCAUUCCUGCUCCUCCUGUCGAUUCAUGGGAGUCGUAUGAUGAUAUACACAACAGGUGGAUGCACUACUCGGAUCAUAUCGUUCCAGCAGGUGAGGUGUGCAUUGUGUCAGGUCAGUGUUCCAGUGACUACAUGGACUGGUUCUUCCGCAUCUCGCAUCCUUUCAUGACACCAGGCCACGCAUCAGAUCCUCUGCCUCAUGGUCACGCCCCACAGCCCCGAGUCGUCCCUCAGGCCCCACAGACGGAUAUCCCUCACGUGCCAGAGCUAGGAGCAUCGUCGACAUCUGCGAAGGAGCCUAGACAUGCAAUGGAAGUUUGUGAUGACAUUGUUGAGAGGUUGGAGCACCAUCUGAGUCUAGGGGUGGUCACACCAGGCUCAUCGACACAUGAGGUGAUCGAAGAAUGCCUCAGGUUUGGUGUCCAAGAUGAGGACUUAUGGCUUAGGGUUUAA